CAAUGUUGUUUUCGUCUGAUUUAAAAAUCAUCUCGCAAUAAACAUUACGCCCACACAUAAGUGGUUUUUAUAAUAUUUUUGCAAUAUAAAACGGAGGUAACUUGGGAAAGAUUCUUAUCCCAAAUCGUGUUAAAAAGUUUGUUAAAGACUCCCGAAUGGCAUCAGCAUCGUCCAGUAGCGCCAAGAAUCUUUUCAGCGAUUCCAAACGACGUCUGGCCGAGCGGGUUGCAGUAAACGUGAAUAACGCUUCCUCGGUAGCUCGACAAAUCGUUCGAGGCUCCAAAUCGAACGAAAUAUUAAUGCAGGCGGCCAAAAACUUUGCCUAUCACGAAAGUAGCGUAGACAACAGCAUCCAGAAUUUGAAAAAGAUGGACAUCAUUUUUCAGCAUCUUAACUAUCAAUAUGAAGCCAUUCAUCAGGCAGCCGAAAAGUUGGAAUAUGUGGAGGAACAAGUCAAUGCCAUGGAAAGAUAGCGACAGGCAAAAGCAGAUUCUGAUUCCUCUGGCGAUAAUCGGGAGUGAAAUUUUUUCUUUGGGAGGCUUUGCCACCCACUUUCGUUUCGGUUGAUGAUUGUUUUGUUAAAUUAUCAUCAUGGAUUACAUGACAAAUCUUCGUGAUGAUUGUUUUCGUAGGCAUGGGAGGCUGUAUUCAUAAUCUUUUCCCUUCUACUAGCGCAACCAAGCGGCAGCUAGCUGAACUGUAAGCGCAAUGCAUGCAUCUGUCAAAUGUUUCCGCCAAAAGGACCGUUUGUGUUUACAUUCCGUAUUUUAGUUUCGAAACAUUUUGUGAAGUGAAUAAGGGCCGAAAAUGUAGUAAUAAACCUAUUUUAAAAUA